CUAUGACGCAUGUUCUUGCAACAGCUUAGGAUGUUGGCUGUCGGUUACGUUGGCAAAAUAGACUUUCAGGCAGUCAGUUUAUGGAUCUUUACACGGAUUUAGCAGCUGGAGAAGAAGCAGUCGUGAUUUUAAUCGGACGAAAAGAAGCGGAGAUUUUGUUGAACAGUAGUUUUCAGGUUUUGCCAAAUUAAGUAUGGCCACUGUAAUAAGAGUUAAAAGAAAGCGAAAUGCUGAGCCUGCAGAGGCCCUCCUACUUGCUUGCAAGCGAACAAAGCUUAAUGAAAACUUCCGGGGUAAAAGUGGCAUGGCCGACAUUAUUCAGAUCGAAGAAAAUGUGUUUCAUUUUGCUGCCACGGUUGGCGCUUCUUCUUCUAUAGAUGAUGGAGUGACAGAAAAAAUUCAGAGCGCUAUAAGCACAAGAAAUAAGUUGGUUUCCAUGUACAAGCCAGCAGUAGCUGCUUCCCAUCCAUGCAAAGUGCUUGCGGGAAAACUUGCCACUCAAGUCAAAGAAGAGCCACCUGCAAAGCAUAAAUACAAAUUCAUAAGCUUCUGUAAAGGAAAGGAGAAGUCCGAAGGUGAGAAGAAGAGGAGGAGAGACUCAGAUCCUGUAAGCAGCAGCUUGUGCAGCAAACUGUUCCGACACAGAGCAAACAGCUCUUCAGAUGAAGAGCCGAAAAAACCAAAGUCAAAGAAACUCACUGCUCUUCUGGAUGUGGAAGAGAAUUUAGUGAAAAAUGACACCCCUCCGUGUGAUAGUGAUAUUCUCUGUAACACCGUUGCAAUGCUGCGCGAAAAAUUGACUAUAAAUCCCAAGAAACAAGCGGAAGAUGACUUUGUUUAUGAUCUGUAUUAUUGCCAAAACACAGCAAAGAAUUGGAAUGUCCAAGACCUUCUCUAUGUACAACCUUGCAGAGACUUAUACCUUCACAUUGAUCCAGAAUGGACGGAUCCGGAUAAACUUGAUGAUGAUGAUGACAGCAAUGAUGAGGACAACUGGAGGAACGAUUAUCCUGAUGAAGAGGACAGCAUUGAUGAGGACGAAAGAAGAUUGCUCUUUGAUGAGGAAGUCGAUAGAUACGACAGUGAUGACUGUGAGCCGUGCGGGAGGGAGGACGAGACAGAUGCAAUGGCAGAGGCUUAUCUGAAUGGCGCUGACCCUGCGCAGUUCGACGACAAUUUGGACGACUUAGACUACGCAGAGGACUUGGACAAUUUCGACGACGUUGGGUUCGAUUCGUUUAACGCCGAUGCUUAUGACUGUUACGACAAUUGCCAGGCAAACGAUGACGACGACGGGUUUUAGUUGUAAAUAAGUUAAGCCAUUUAUCGUGCGAUGUUUCGCUACAACGCUGUGUCAAUCAUGCGUAAUUUUGUUGCUCGUUUCGUAGCCAACGGUCCGAAAGAGUUCAAAUCCAAUUUCUCAGUUAUCAUAAGUGUAAUUCAAGCAAUUUCUUUUCGGAAUUCAAACCAUGCCAGUUUUAGUUCAUGUCCAGUCUUCCACAUUACACAAGUGUUAAUGGUGGCCAAUAAACUGAAACUACAACUCA